AUGACCUACAAAACCUACUUCAGGCGCGGGCGCGACACCCGAUUCAGCGAUUUCGGACGCGUUGGCUGUGGUAAAUGGACCCGGAGCUCGCCCGACCGCGUGCAUGAUGAGGCGAGGUACCUUCACGAUCAGGUCGAUCGUGACGUCAAGUGGGAGUGGAGCGAGGGAGGUUUGGCGGCAAGUGAAUCUGUGAGUAGUUCUUUCCUUCCCUUAUGCGCAAGAACAAAAUGGUGAGGGGGGAGAGAGGACUGAUGAUGAGAGGUGGAGGUAGGAAUUGUAUCGGCUGGGGAUACUAUAUGACCAGGAGGUAGAGAGUGUGGAGGAGGUUGAAGUCACUUCUUCUGCUGGGACGGAGGUUGGUAGUAGGAGUGAAGUUAGUGAUGAUUGGUCGGUGCUUGAUGAUGGGGAGUCAGUAAUUGGGGAUUGGGAUUUUGUUAGUGAGUCGGGUUAA